AUGGCUGAGGCGGUAGAUGCCAACGCCGCACCUUCGUUUUGGCAGAAGCUGGACCCCAGCCACGCUUGGUGGCUGUUCCUCGUGAUCUUCAUGAUCGUGAUUUGCAACGCCCUUUUAGGUGUAGUGAGGCUCUACGAGCUACUGAUCAAACGCCACCACAUCGAGAAGUUACGUGCAAUGCCCCCAUCACGAGGGCGCGACGUGGAAGUGGGUAUGGAUGAGGAAAAGGCGGUUCAGAAGAGAGUGAGGAGAGGAGAACGGAGAGGGCGGACUAACCGCAUCGACCUGACGAGUUUGCCGAAUCUCAGCGUAUACGGCAUCAACCUGAUAUCAUUACAUCUCUUAUAUUGCGUUGACCAGUUCGACCUGGAGAAACCCGAUGGAGACGACAUCAACCUGUGA